AUGGUGGCCACCAAGAAGAUGAAAAAGUCUCUGGAGUCCAUCAACUUCUGCCUCCAGCUGGUGUUGGAAAGUGCCACGUAUGAGCUGGGCUACAAGCAGACGCUGAAGAUGAUCCAGCAAGGCAAAGCCAAGCCAGUCAUCCCCACCAACGACUGUCCAGUGCUCAGGAAAUCUGAAGCCCAGCACUAUGCCCUGGUGGCCACCAUGUUGGUUCAUGACUCCAGCAGCAAUAACGUGGAGUUGGGCACAGCCUGUGGGAACCAUUCCAGGGCUGUGUGA